AUGACCGGGGUCCAGCCGCAGCCGCAGCCGGAGCUGGAGCCGCAGCCGGAGCCGCAGCCGGAGCCGCAGCCGGAGCCGCAGCCGGAGCCGCAGCCGGAGCCGCAGCCGGAGCCGCAGCCGGAGCCGCAGCCGGAGCCGCAGCCGCAGCCGGAGCCGCAGCCGGAGCCGCAGCCGGAGCCGCAGCCGGAGCCGCAGCCGGAGCCGCAGCCGGAGCCGCAGCCGCAGCCGGACGUGACUAUAGACGUGACUAUAGACGUGACUAUAGACGUGACUAUAGACGUGACUACAGACGUGACUACAGACGUGACUACAGACGUGACUAUAGACGUGACUAUAGACGUGACUACAGGCGUGACUAUAGACGUGACUAUAGACGUGACUACAGACGUGACUACAGACGUGACUAUAGACGUGACUAUAGACGUGACUACAGGCGUGACUAUAGACGUGACUAUAGACGUGACUAUAGACGUGACUACACACGUGACUAUAGACGUGACUAUAGACGUGGACUAUAAACGUGACGUGACUAUAGACGUGACUACAGACGUGACUACACACGUGACUAUAGACGUGACUAUAGACGUGACUAUAGACGUGACUAUAGACGUGACACGUGACGUGACUAUAGACGUGACUACAGACGUGACUAUAGACGUGACUACAGACGUGACUACAGACGUGACUAUAGACGUGACUACAUACGUGACUAUAGACGUGACUAUAGAUGUGACUACAGACGUGACUAUAGACGUGACUACAGACGUGACUAUAGACGUGACUAUAGACGUGACUACAGACGUGACUAUAGACGUGACUAUAGACGUGACUAUAGACGUGACACGUGACGUGACUAUAGACGUGACUACAGACGUGACUAUAGACGUGACUACAGACGUGACUACAGACGUGACUAUAGACGUGACUACAUACGUGACUAUAGACGUGACUAUAGACGUGACUACAGACGUGACUAUAGACGUGACUACAGACGUGACUAUAGACGUGACUAUAGACGUGACUACAGACGUGACUAUAGACGUGACUAUAGACGUGACUAUAGACGUGACGUGA